AUGGAGAACAUUUUCACCUCGAACGCAACAGCCACAAACGGUUCGGUUGAUGAGGAGCAUCCCUUCAACGUUCGAUAUACUAUUCGCCUCAUCGCCAACAUCUUGGUGUUGCUACUCAGAUUACCCGGUAACUGUCUGAUUCUCCGUGUCUACUGGAUCAAGACUCGUAAGACCAGCACCGAUAUUCUGAUCAGAGCCCUGGCCUGGGCUGAUCUGGUCGUCUGCUUUCUGAGAAUAGCAGAGAUCAUCGCAAUUUCUCUUAGAUUGGCCGCUGAAUAUUCGAUGUAUUCCUUUCCCCCGGGCCCGGGGCUAUUGAUAGUAUAUGGUGUAUUCAUUGCACUUGCUGACGCAGCAAUAGCCUCGUCAUUCAGUAUCACUGCGGUGAUUGCGGUAGAACGCUAUGACUGCGUAUGCCGUCCGCAAAAACGGAUUUUCAACCCCCGACGGUCUAAGAUUGCUGUUUUGGUCGCAGUGUUGUUUGCAAUUGCUGUUAAUGCUGCACUAAUUGCCCGGGUUAUCUGCAUAGGAUCGUCUUGCACUGUUACCACUUCGUUUGUAGUAUACUGGAACAUAGAAGUGAUUGUAGAGGCAGUUUCAUUUGUAAUCGCGUUGGUGAUAUUUGGUGUGUGUUACGGGAAAGUUUACGUCACCAUCCGUAAACACGUCAAAGUAGGGCCCGCCCAAGCUCCAACUGCACGCGAUGCUGAACGCAUUCCGAGUGAUCUGAGAGUCGGACGUCAAGUUAACUGCUCGACACGACCGACACCACCUCAACAGAACAUUGACUCACCGACAAGUGAAUCAUUUGUGGAGGAGGCCGUGACGAGGUUUGUACAUCCACCAAGCACAAGCUCGUCAAUGCACGCAAACUCUCACCAAACGAAACCCAACGAUGCAUGCACUGCUGCUCACGUUGUAUCUUUUGCCACACGAGACUCUCCUGGCCCUAGCCAACCCAAUGUGAUCCCCGAACCCAAAGCCAAAGCUUCGCCCCAAGACAAUACCCCAUCGCAGAGGCAGAGCCGUCCAGAGCAAGGACACGCCCCUCAAAGGGUCGGUGCUGCCAAACUACAGCUGCCCGGUAACUGCCUGAUUCUCCGUAUCUACUGGACAAAGACUCGUACAACAAGCACCGAUAUUCUGAUCAGAGCCUGGCCUGGGCUGAUCUGGCUGUCUGCUUUCUGA